AUGCCUGCAGGAAAACCUUAUGGUAAACAUUCACCGUUCAAAUCAUUUGAUCAGCUGUUUAGUAGUGAGUUAAUAUCGUUCUGUUUUCAUGUGGUAACUAAGUGGUAUAGCUAUAUUUGUGUGGGAUCUAUUACCCGUGAUUUUGUUCAGUGGGUUUUAAUUAUUACAUUCAAUUAUUAUAGUGGGAAUGGUGAAAGCCCCAGUGUCUGAAACAAGUGAAUUUACAAUGAGCAGUAAAGACUUUCCAGCAUUGCCUGGUACGCAACCUCUCAGUGUUACGACCACCUCAUCUUCGACAGCCGAUCCGAAUCAACAAUCCUCAACAACAACUUCGGGCUCGGCGACUAUUAAUUCAUUAGAUCAGAAUGGCAUGCAAUCGUCUACCGACCAUGUGUCAGACACUAGACUGAACAGCCAAACGGACAAUUCUCAAGAAAACGGAGACUCAGGAACCAAGAAAGGAGUGCAAACAUCGCCCGAUGGUUUGUAUUUGAAAAUAUUAGUUUUCUGUUUUCUGUUUCAAAAAAAUUAUGAACAAUAUUAGGUAUUAUUAUUUUAUUGCAUUAUUUUGAAAACAAACAUAAAAUUUUAAAUGCAUAGUCUAUAACUUGUUAACUAUUAAAUAUGUAAAUUGAGGGGGAGAAAAGUUGUUUAUUACAGACUGAAUAAAAGAGAUUAUAAAUCUACUUCACUAGGCACCAUUAUUUUUCGAUUUUUCUUCUUUUUUUUUUUCAAUUGACAGUACAUUUAUCACUGAUUAUAAAUUUAAAAAUAAUUUUAGUCCGAUUUAGUUUAAUAUUGCGCAUAAUACUGAUUUAAGUGUGUGCACUAUUCAUUAUGAUAAUUAUAUUGUCACAUUGCUUUUUGUUGUCAUUCACAGACAAAGAUUUUGAUUUACCUAACUUAGUUUAUACUGCAAACCAAUGGUUAUUUUUAACAAGUUUCUACAUGAGCACACAAAUCUCAUGUUAUGUUAUGUCCAACUUUUAAAUGUCCAUAGCACUCAAGUCUGUUCAACUAAAAAUGUUUGCAGAUUUAUAGCCAGUAUUAAAAGUACUAUCCAAUAAAAAAAAAAGGCUAUCCAAUGAAAUAGAUAUGUUCCUAAAAGAUUAAUAUUAUAUUAUACAAUAUGCCUAGUUGGUAAAGCCAAUUGUUUUUAUUAAAUAUUGAUAUGAUGAAAUAACUAAAUUGUUUGGCAAUAGAUACAUUUUAUAUAAUUCAAUGUAUUUUAAAUUUCAAUCUCAUAGGUAAAGUGACUAAUAUACCAGGCAGUAUGGUGCGUGAUCAAUUUGGUAUUGUUGGUCUAUUGACAUUCAUUAGAGCAGCAGAAUCUGAUCCAAAUUUAGUAUCAUUGGCUCUUGGACAGGAUUUAACCGCACUUGGACUGAAUUUAAAUUCACCUGAAAAUAUCUAUCCAACGUUUGCUGGCCCAUGGGCAGAUGCUCCAUGUCGACCGCAAGAUGUUGAGUUCCAUGGACCACCAGAGUAUAUCAUUAACCAUGGAAUCAGGUAAAUUACACGGAAAUAAUACCUAAUCAUUUCUUGUUCAAUGUUUAUUAGCUUAUUAUUUGUUUUAUAAUUCUUUAGGGAUAAGUUAGCGCAAGUUAAGUUGUCCAGGUAUAAAGAAGACUUGUUGUUCUAUCUUUUUUAUAGUAACUGUGGUGAUGCAAUACAGUUAGCAGUUGCUAAUGAGUUGUAAGUAAAAUUUACAAGAAAUUGUCAACAGUAAUUUGUUUUAUAAUACUAUGAUGUAUUUUUAAUAUUGCUAUAGAUACUCUCGAGAUUGGCGUUACCACAUGGAAGAACGUAUAUGGAUUACACAGGCGCCAGGAUUGAGCUUAAUAGAGAAAACUAGUACGUACGAACGAGGCACAUAUUAUGUGUUUGAUGCUCUUACAUGGCGUAAAGUGCCUAAGGAAUUUCUAUUGGAGUACAGCAAGCUGGAAGGUCGACCAACUGUUCCAAAUGUGCCGCUUACCACCCCUAAUCUACUCUGA